UUGCCAAGUAAGUGGAGGGUUGGAUUGAGCUGGAGAGUUCUCAGCUGUCAGUGUGUGUCUUGUGUGACUGUGUUACAUCUGUAAAAUCUGUACACUGUAACAUAGACUUGUAGAGUCAACGGUAUAAGUAUUGUUUUCACUGGACAUGGAUGGAAAAUCAGAAACAUUAUUUAAAGAACAGCAGCUGAAGGAUCAGUUUGAUAACUUGGAGAAGCACACUCAGUGGGGUAUAGAUUUUGUGGAGCGCUACACCAAAUUUGUGAAAGAGCGAGCUGAGAUCGAACUGAAUUAUGCGAAGCAGAUCAGAAAUUUGUCUAAGAAGUACCAACCCAAGAAAAAUGCCAGGGAAGAAGAAGAGAGCAAAUACACAUGGUGUCGUGCAUUUCUGGCAUCUCUGAAUGAGCUGAAUGACUACGCCGGCCAGCAUGAGCUGGUUGCAGAGAAUAUGACAUCACAGAUCAUCACUGAGCUCUCACGAUACACACAGGACCUCAAAGCAGAGAGAAAAUCGCAUUUCCACGAUGGAAGAAAAGCUCAACAGCAAGUUGAGAACAGCUGGAAACAACUUGAACAGUGUAAGCGGAGUUUUGAGAGAGCAUGUAAAGAGGCAGAUCGAGCACAGCAGUACUUUGAGAAAAUGGAUGCUGACAUCAAUGUGACAAAAGCAGAUGUUGAGAAGGCCAGACAGCAGGCUCAGUUUAGACACCAGUUGGCAGCCGACAGUAAGAAUGAAUAUUCCAACUACCUGCAGAAAUUUAACCAGGAACAGACUGAACAUUACCACACACUCAUCCCCAAUGUCUUUCAGAAAAUCCAGGACAUGGAGGAAAGGAGGAUUGAGAGAGUGGGCGAGUCCAUGAAGACCUUUGCCGAGCUGGAUAGACAGAUUCUGCCCAUCGUAGGGAAAUGCCUUGAUGGCAUAACCAAAGCAGCUGAGAGCAUCGAGGCCAAGACUGAUUCGGCUCAGGUGGUGGAGUCGUAUAAAUCAGGGUUUGAGCCUCCUGGUGAUGUGGAGUUUGAAGACUACGGACAGGCAAUAAAGAGGACCGCAUCAGAGACCAGUCUGACCAGCUCACGCCCUGAUAUUAAGACAGAAAAGCCUGGGAAAAGCAAGAGCAAACUCUGGCCAUUCAAGAAGAGCAAGCUUAUGUCCCUAUUAACAUCCCCUGACCCACGCCAACCCCCUCCAGAACCCCCCUCACCUUCUACUAUGACCCUUGACCCCUGCCCCGCCCCUCAGAGCCCCAAACCACCCAAGGAGGCCCUCUCGCACCGCUUCAAUGACAUCAUCACUUCCAAGCCCAAAAUUCACUGCCUUCGGAGCCUGCGUCGUGGGCUCUCUCUCAAGCUGAUCUCACUCAAUGCACACGUGCGGAACCUAAUUGAGGGUGCGAAUCCAGAGGAUUUCAGUCACUUGCCCCCAGAACAGAGGAGAAAGAAACUACAAGCAAAGAUCGACGACAUUAAUAAAGACAUACAGAAAGAGCUGGAUCAGAAAGAUGCAUUGACUAAAAUGAAGGAUGUGUAUGUGAAGAACCCCCAGAUGGGGGAUCCAAGCAGCGUUGAUCCACGACUUGCAGAGAUUGGACAUCACGUUGAUAAACUACAGGCCGAGCUACAGAAGUUUGAGGGCUGGCUGGCAGAAGUUGAGGGCAGAAUGCCAGCGAGAAGUGAAUCGACUCAGAGACAAAGUAUUGUGUACGAAAGUCAAAAUAGUACUACAACAUCCAACAACAACUGUGCUCAGGACCGUGAAAGCAGUCCCGAUGGUAGUUACACUGAGGAGCAGAGCUCUGAAGUCCAGACAAAGGUUCAGACUGAUCCAGAGUUUGACGAGUUUGAUGAUCCUGAGGAAGAAAUGCUGCCUACCAUUGGUACCUGCAAAGCACUCUACCCGUUUGAAGGAAAUAAUGAGGGAACACUGGCGUUAGCAGAAGGAGAGGUGCUUUUUGUGAUCGAGGAGGACAAAGGAGAUGGCUGGACGCGUGUCCGGAGGAAUGAGGAAGAGGAGGGCUAUGUGCCCUCAUCCUACAUAGAGGUUUUCCUCGACUCCAAUGCCAAAGGCCUUUAUGUGUGGGAUUAGAGGUUGUGAACAGGGCAUUCAACUCAUUCCAGAGGAUUCCUAACGAGAGAAAAAGGCACACGGCACGUGACUGCAUAAACUGGUAAACACCACUCUACCAAAAAGGAGAGAGUGAACUGAUGACACCGGCGAUGACGACGACGACGACGACGACGAUGAUGAUGAUGAUGAUGAUGAUGAUGAUGGACAAAAUAUGUUGGAAGAAAAACAUAGAUGGCUGUGGAGCAUCUACUGCAGACAGUAACCGAUCCGAAUGCCCAUACAACCAAUAAGAGUUACAAGUAAUCUGACUCUUAAUCUGCGGCUACAUGUAAAAAUAUUGCUUAUUUGCUAUGCAGCUUACUGGCACUCGUAAUAGCAAUUUAAUUCAACAUGACCUUGCAUUUAUUUACAUCUAUUGAGCCAGAGCUAGAUAGCAUAUACUAAAGAUGGACACAGCUAAAACAUUAGCUCUGAUAACAUUAGUCUUGUCCAGUAAAUCUCUCUGACACAUCUGCCAUACCAUUCAUUUCAGUCUUGUUCAACAUGUGACCGGUUUACCUUCAAUCUUUUUUCUUUUCCAGACAUCACACAGUUAAUGAGAUAUUUUGUGUCUAUAGAAUUGGACAAAGAUGCCUAUAUUAGAUAUUCUAUAUGCAUUUUUAGUCUUUAUGUUUUUACAAUCAGUCCAUUUUGGGAAAUCCCUUUCUGGCUCAUUUGCAUCAAUGUGUUGCACCAACAGUUUUAUUUUGUGUUUCUUUUUUAGAAUAUUUUUAUAACAAGCACUGUAUUAUGUUGCUUUAUUAGCCAGUGUGUAGCUAUUAGGGGUUGCAUAGAUUUGUCAAUAGAUUCACAAUCACAGCACUGGGGAUGUUAGGUCAGAGUAUUAGAAUAAAAACAAAUAAGGCCAACAGAAAAGAAAGCAGGCUAAAUGUUCUUUGUUAAUCGGAAAAAAAACUAGACUAAGCAAAUUCUACCGUCAGCUUACACAUUGUGAAAGACUGAUGAAACAUUAUUAUUUUCAUAUCACUUUUAUGGUUAAAAGUUAGUGGGACCUACUCACACAAUUAUUUUUGUUUUUAUUUAAAGCAAAUAAAGAAUAAAUGAUAUCCAUGCUUUUUUGCAUAGUAAAUAGUGCUGUAUGAAAGCGAGACAUCAGUGCCAUGGGAUACACAUCACUCUCCAGUCUCUCUCGACUAGUUUAAAGCCUGUUAGGGCAUGCCAACAGACAGAGGAACACUUGUGUUUGGAUUCUAUUGAGGCCUUCAUGUUCAACAGCCAGGUCAUUAUCAGUUUUGAAAAAAAUUUCUGAUGCUACUGUAGACGUAUCAGCCUCCAUUGAGCUAUAAAGAACUCACUGUUGAAGGACAUGAGCUUCUGGGCUGUGUGCUCUCCAGAAACAAAUAUUUAUACACAAGUGCAUUUAAAUAAUUCUCAAAAUAGUAUAAUAUGAUACACAUAUUUUUUGCACAUUUAUUGCACUGAUUUAUUUAUUUUUAGUCUUUAACAGUGUAACCUAAAAAAAAGUGGAAAUGUAAUAGCUAGCUUGUAUUUAUCAGUUAUUUGAAAUGCAGUUUGUUAGUUUCUCAGCAUUUAGCUGUAGUUAUAUUAUAGGCUAUAAUAGGUAUGUCAUGAAUUUACUGAUCAGCUAGCAAGAAAUAAUGGCCCUGCAACCCCUAGUAGCUACAAGCAAGCACUGUGAAAUCAUUUGGUUACAUGCACAGUUUGUUAACAGGUCAUUUUGCAAUCUUGUUAUGUGAAUUUAUUGAGCCUGUCUGAAGGUCAGUCAUCUUAUGUGGUUGCUUAUGUGCUGUUGACAAUUUUUGCCUUUUGAUUAUGAUUAUAUGGCCAGACAUAGAGCUGAUUCCAUAUCAGGGCUAUACUGUGCUUUUCCACUGACCCAGUGCUUUUACCAAAACUAAUGCUGGCUUAGUUCAACAACUAACAUUUUCAAGAAAUUUAAGUUUAAAUUAGUAAAAUAUUCAGCUUUGAUACACCAUCAAAGAUAAUGUGAGUGCACUAUGUUCUUUAGACAUUUGUGGCUGUUAUACUGAUGUCAUACUUAUUUUUAAGCUUCAAAAUGAUUUGUAUGGUGAUCCCUUUUAAGGAAUAGGCAAAACCUUAGUGUAUAAAAUGUCUCUCAUAUGCCAAACAUCAACAGCAUUUUGUCUGAGAAAUUCUUUUUGUGUACUUAUUUAUGGGGACAUGCUUAAGCAGUUUAUGGGGAGCUUUAGGACUGGCAAAAGGUGAAGUAACAGUCAUCUUGAAGCUAUAGUCACUUCUUUUAUAGCAGAUAUCACACAAUCAGACUCGAAUAGGUGGUGUGGCCUAUUGUUUAAAAGUGGAAUGUUGAAAUUACAUGUUAGAAGUGAUUUAGUAGAUAAUUUUUAAAUUGAUGUAACAUAAAAUAAAAUUUAACAUGUUUAAAAUAUUCUGCAUUUUAUAUGAUGGCAUAGUGGGGCAGAGGGUAGCAAUGUUACCUCUCAGCACCACAGUCCCUGAUUCUACCUUGAGGUUGGGUUGUUGUCUGUGUGGACUUUCUGUACAUCUUCUCCCAUGCCCAUAAAUACAGUAUGCAAAAACCCCAAGUAUUAGAAAAGAGGUUGCAUGGAUAAACUGAUUAUGAGGAGCUCCCAUACUGUUGUGUGCUGUUAGGAAUAAUACCAGCAUAAAUGACAGUAAUUGCAGGCUGAGGAGUUCAAAAGAUGUAGAAACUCAUUAAAUGAUAUAAUCUACAGACUGAAACACACAUCACAGACGAUGUAGACAAUGGUUGAAAAUGCCUUGCUUGAAGAUUUGGCACAUCCAACUUUGUGUUUAAAGGACCACAGGAACUUCUUUGCUGAAAGUGAUGAGUGGGUACUCAGCAUGGGUUUUUUAUUUUUAAUUGAUCUCUGCCAGUAACUCUACUCUACAAUUGCAGGAGUAGUGUCCCUAUUUACACUCAAGGACUUUCUACUGAAGGCUUUUCCAACGAAGUCAACCCACUAUCAGCCAAAUAAUGACACAUGCCUUACAUGCGUCCAUGUCAUUCAGGCUGCAGUAUGCUACUAGAUGAAAUAUGGCAGCAGAAUAAUGAGGGAUUUUUAAACCAUUUAAUUUUUUGGAUGUAAUUGGGGCAAUAGAGCCACACUAUUUUAAAAUCACCUUUUUUAAAGGGAAGGGUCCAUUAAAUAUGUGUAUUGAUGAUUCUUAUGCAGAAAUUUAGAACUUGCUAGAUUCUUAAUGAGGGAUAAUUCUGUUUUAGUUGUGCAAAUGUUUAUGUAGAAAUCUCAUUGCUGAGUUAGCAGUGUAUUUUAAGGCAAAGUAACACAUGCAGUUUGCAUGAUGAUAAACUGUUUUCUGUAAACUUCCUUCAGUUACUAUUGUAACACCAAGAAAACAUUGUUGAAAAUGUUUUGGCUGAAUUGUUCCUUUAUGACAUGUAGGCAGUCCAGACACUUGUGAGCAGCAGAGGGCGUUGUGUCAGUGGAAAAGCGCAUGUAUGCACAGCUCUAGCAGGAAAUAUGAUUGUUCUUAGAGAAUAAACAUAUAUGAAAGUUUCAACUAUGUAAAUUCUUCAACAAAACCCCAGUAGACCUCUAUUAUCAUGGGUAAAACACGCCUCAUGUGUGUCCAUGGUUUUCCUCUGUGGUAUAUGUGAUUUUCUUUCUUAGGCUUAAUGUCUAUGGUUUAAAACAUUUGUACUUUUUUAUUUAACAACAUUAUUUUUGUUUUUUAGGGAGAAAAAAUGAAUCAAUUUAAUAUUGUUUAGUUUUAGGAAGUUCCUUUGACUACUCACGCUGGCACAUAAUUGAUUUUCACUGUUUGAUUUUUAACUUUCUUACCAUGGAUGAUGAUGAUGAUUAUGAUUAUUAUUAUUAUUAUUAUUUUAGCAAAUUCUUCUUCUACAAAUUAAAUUUUUUUUUUGUUUUCAUCCAUUUAUAACAGGACACCUGUUAAAAAAAAUUCUCGCUUCAUUUUUUUUAUUGUUUUACAUUGUCAUUACAUUAAAUAUCUCUUACAAACUGACCUACAUUUCUGCUAAAAAGAGCUGUAAAUAUGAAGCAAGAAGAUAUUGAUGCUGCCCGAAAACAUCUCACUGUUCUGAAACAUUCAGUUUCACUGCAGUUUCACAUACAUAGACCUGCACACACACACACACACACACACACACACACAGACAUACACACCUGGCUGUGCUGUAAAGUGUUACACCAGCUCCAAAUCAGUAAAUAUGCACAUAAAUCUAUAAAUAAGAAUGACUAUGAAAAUAAUAAAGAGAAAAAAAUCUAUUUUUAAGCUUUGAACUAAUAAUAAAAAAAUUCUGAAAUUGUACUUUCUCUGCUCAGCUAAGCAAGUAUUUUCCCUAUCCUGUCUCCAAAUUGUUUUUUGCACUUUUUCAUUGUCAUUUGUUUUCUGUUUGUUAAGCUUGUAUUUCAGAGAACUGAAUACUUUAUAUUGUGUUCACUGUGCCAAUUAAAUAUACACAGGAAAUGCA